AAAUUCUAGAGGUUUUCUGUGCAAGACGUAAGCGCACACGUUAGGUUCCCUGCUCCGGUGUGCAUCGUUUUACUUUGCUGAGCUUGGCUUAGGACCCCAGGAAGAUAGAUUUUGUGCAAAUUUUACGCGGCCCCGAUGCUCGAUCCAGAUUAAUCCGAUGUGUUCGGAAGCCGCUUGUGAGCAGUGGAUGGCUUCAAUAAUAUCACUUGCACGCGAAGAAAUACGCUGUUAAAAUUAGCUACCAAUCGAACUCGUCCCGAAGGCCAAUUACUUUUGAUAUUGUGGGUCGAUGAGUGCAGGCAGUGGCAGCGACGCAAAACUGCUUUCAAAAAAUGUUACGUGCCUUACGUCGCUUGAUUGGUUUUUCGUGAAUUAGUGUUGCACUUUAAUAGUGCAUUUGUCGCGCGAGUCACCCUCUUUUCCGGGUGAGCUCUUGUUGGCCUAAUGGCCGACAAUUCUUUCGCCGCCAAGGCCAAAAGGUCGCGCUUCGAUGAGCAGUUCGAUCAAGAGUUCAAUGGCUUCGAUCCGUCCAGCAACGCGAAAAGCAGUCAAAGAUUCAUCGGAAUUCUGGAUCAGCUCGAUUCGAAGGUGGAAAAGCUGCGCAAGGAGGCACUGAUGCUGCAGGAAAAGAAAGACUUCCUGGCCAUGUCGAUGGAUUUGCUGAGGAACAAUGAAUAUCUGACCGGACUGAAUGAAGGCGAAUACGAGGAAAUUAACUGCUAUGUCCAGCGGAUAAGCGGUCGUCUGGCGACGGUCGAACUGAGCGUUUGUACGGUUCGCGAUCGUGCCCAGGAGGAUUCUCUGCACAUGGUUAACAGUUUCAUCGACGAAAUCAUCUCCAACUCGGAUGCCAUACUGUCGCGAUUGCGCUGCCAGCAGUUUCUGAACGCUUGCAGCACAACCGACACGACCACCUACACCGAGCUGGAUCCGUCCAUGUGUUCGGAUAAGAAGUUCGAAAACGCCCUGCUCGGAUGCACGCUGGACGAUCAGAAAACGAUCAAAAAACGUCUGCAAGCCCUGUUGGAUUACCUCAUCAAGCAAACGGUUGUUCAUUGAGGACGGCGGUUGUGUUCCAGUUCAAGAGAAAGCUUCUCCAACGUGUUUCUGCUGUGCAGCAGGAACUGGCAGUUAGAUUAACUUAUUAUUUUAGUUCGAUUGUAAGGUCUGAUGGAAGGGCGCAACAAUAGCAUACUUAAUACAUAGCAAGGAUUUUUAAGUCGGGACUGCAUUUUGUGUUUGCAUCCUUCAGUUACUUUUUUUUUAAUUGAAACAUCAAUAUAAAAUAUGCAGCGUUCUGAAGAGCGACCCAGGAAAAAAGAAAACGAUUGUAAUUCCUAGUUUAACCUUGUACGAUUUCCACAAUACCAGUCAGUGCAGUUAGUAUGUAAGAGCAAUACAAUAAGUCUGAUGAAUCUAAAUAUGGAAUAAAUUGCGUGGCGUCCCGAAUAAA